UUAAUUCCCAGAACGAUGUUUCAUCCAGAGUAUCUGCAUGUGAUGGGUUCAUCCACUGAUGUUUUUGUUGCAGCGGCUACUAGGAAUGGCUCUAAUGCAUGACACGAGCUCGCCUGCGCCCGUUUGCAUGCAUGGAGUCCAUCCCUCACGCGCAGUUGCUGAUCUGUGCUUAAUAUCACGUUUCCUUUGCAACAUGUUCAGCAAAGCUGCUAACCACAUUCCUCCCCUGUGACCCGGCAUUCCAGUUGUUCAUCCACUGCACCUUGCAGUACAUCAUGUUUUUCUUUUCUUCCGCUUCGAACUUCAUGCUGGCAUGCAUUUUUCAGGUUGCGGCGGUCUCUCAUCCCGCACCUCCUGCAAUACGUCGGGCGGAUGUUUCAGUUGUCACUCAGAUGUCGUCUAACCAGCUGGCUGAUCUGGCGCCAUAUACUGAAUUUGCUCGUGCUGCUUACUGUUCGCCUACCAUCGUAACUGGCUGGCAGUGUGGUCAGGCUUGCAGUGCGGUGCCUGACUUUGAGGUUUCUCUCACAGGGGGUGACGACGACAGUAUCCAAUAUUACUAUGUUGGUUACUGGCCGACGGAGAAUACUGUGAUAGUUGCUCAUGAAGGUACAGAUCCAACUCAACUCCUAUCUGAUCUCACUGAUGCCGAUGUAUUGAUGGAACCCCUGGACCCCACACUUUUCCCCGGUGUCGAUAGCAGCGUUGAGGUUCACGGCGGAUUUGCCAACGAGCACGCGCUAACUGCGAGCAUAAUCUUGAACGAGGUGAAGAGCCUGAUCUCUCAGUAUAAUGCCAGCAGUGUCACGCUGGUCGGACACUCCCUGGGAGCCGCCCUUGCGGAGCUUGAUUGUGUGUUUAUGGCCUUAAACCUUCCCUUUAGCAUUGCUAUCAAAGGUGUGACAUAUGGUACACCCCGCGUAGGAAAUCCAGCAUGGGCCGCUCUUUUUGAUUACCUGAUAUCGGACUUCCGACGCAUCAACAAUGAGAAGGACAUUAUCCCGAUCAUUCCAGGGCGCUUCAUGGGCUUCUCACAUGUCCAGGGAGAAGUCCACAUUGUAUCUGAUGGAUACGCAGUCCAGUGCCCAGGCGAGUACAAAAGUUGCCUUUUCGGACAUGAUUGUUUCAUCCUCAUCUAUAUAGGUGACGACGAUGCCACGGAUGCUCUGUGCACAAUACAGAGUGUGCCCGACAUCCUUGCGGGCAAUAUCUUGAACCACUUGGGUCCAUACCAGGGGAUUUAUAUCGGCACGAUCUUUUGCACAUGAUUGACAUGGACUUCUAUUAUAUCAGCUGAACGCUGGGAUAUUUGAUUGGUUUUUAUGAAGCAAGCAUGACUGAACGCAGGCAUGGGUGCAAUGGCGCCCACCUCUACCAUGUGGCAUUGUCUCCCCAAUACCACCAGCAUGCUAGGAGGACGGGCGCACUUGUUAACAGGCAGGAGAUAUACGAGCAUUGGAGCCUCGAGGCAUGACAUUGUAGUUGCAAUUUUGACCUAAAUUGAGGUUAUAUUUACCACC